AUGUAUAAUCUGCAAACCAGUCAUAAAAAUCAUAUAUUACUUGACAUACAACACGGCAUUCAGGAGACAAUCAACAAAACCGAUGAUCGCAUGAAAGACAUGAAACAAAAAGCGGACAAUACUUACGACACCAUAAAGGCAUUGGAGGGCGAGUUGUCUCAACACAAUGCAAAUGUCCAUAAAUUAAAAACAAAGUUCGCAAACGUUAUGGAAGUGUUUAGGGAUGAGGGGGAGAGAAAGAGGCAGAUACUGACCGAUCGGAUGGACAACACCACCGGUGAAGACACCCCUGCAUUGGAGGCUGAGAUCGAGAUAAUGAAUGACAUAUUGUUUGAAUCACUAAAUCUGGACCUAAUUAGGAGUCUUAGCGAAACGUAUUGUAAGUUACCGUUUAUUGUAGAGAAGGCUGAGCCCCGACCGGUGCUGGACUCGGGUGUUCUCACAUCUAAUACUAUGGUAUUGAUAGCCGAGGCCAGGAUUAAGGUAGAAAUGGCCAUAAAUCAUACGAUACAUGAUACAAAUAUAUUGAGAAAUGAGGCAAAACACGCGUUAAUAAGUGUGAAGUCAUUGGACGCCCAGAUUAUGAAUUUGAAGGCUUAUCAGAGACUAGACAAAUUAAAUGUUUUAUUAAUACGAGCUGAUGAACUAGAGCUACAAGUGCUGGACUGGGGUAUGGAAAAGGAUUAUUGGUUAAACAGAUUGUGUGCCGUCGGCCGCGGAGAUGGCUAUGGAAAACACAUUAUUACAUAA